AUGGUCAAACUGUUUCUACGCGCGGCAGCCGCUGUUCUGUCGCUCAGCACAGUCGUGGCUACAAGUAUUUCUCUUUCUCCUGAGGAGAUAGCGCUGGAUGCAAGGGCUCAAUUUAUUGUCGAUAAUUUCACCGUGGCUCAAGUAAUCGGUCAAAUGACGCAGCUUGAUAUUUCGACCGUCAUCAAUGCAGAAAAUAACACCUUGAACGAGGGAUAUGUGCGUUUCUAUGCCAAGCAAUUCGUUGGCUCGUACUUCAACACUAUUUGGGAUGAAAAUGUAGACGAGUAUGUUGGCUGGAACGCCUCCGAGUUCCGUGCCAUCGUCUCUCGUAUCCAAGAAAUUACUAUGGAAGAGAACGAUGGUAAUCCUAUGAUCUACGCUCUUGACUCGGUUCACGGUGCCAACUACGUCGAAGGAGCUGUCCUUUUUCCUCAACAGAUCAACAAUGGCGCGAGUUUCAACCCCGACCUAGUCUACAAAGUAGGACAAAUUACAGCUCAGGACACCCUAGCUGCUGGAAUUCCAUGGAUUUUUGCACCAAUUCUAGACAUCGCGCAAAAUCCGCUUUGGGCUCGUAACUACGAGACGUUUGGUGAGGAUCCCCACUUGACGUCGGUGAUGGGAGACGCUAUCGUGCGAGGGCUCCAAAGCAACAAUCAAACCGCUGCCUGCAUAAAACACUUCAUCGCAUACUCCAAAACCGCCACGGGUCAUGAUCGCCAAAACGUCAACAUAGGCGACUUUGAUCUUCUCAACUACUUCAUGCCUCCGUUCAAGGCAGCCAUAGAUGCUGGUGCCUUGUCAGUGAUGGAAAACUACAUUUCAAUCAACGGUAACCCAGUGAUUGCAAACUCUCGCAUACUGAAGGACUUGCUUCGAAAUGACCUUAAAUUUACUGGUCUGCUCGUUUCUGAUUACGGCGAGAUUUACAGCCAGAAUUUUUGGCAUCGGACCACUAACGACUUUGAGAAUGCUGUGGCCAUGACGUUGAAUCAGACAUCGCUUGACAUGAGCAUGGUGGCGUUGGAUACAGCCUUUAUCGAAUUUGUUCUGAGUAUUCUGAAGAAGAAUCCUGACCUUGAACCUCGUUUGCGUGAAUCGGCUAAGCGUAUUGUGAAGACGAAGUUGAAACUCGGGUUGUAUGAAAACCCUGUUCCUGGUAUGGACCUCGUCUCAAAGGUGGGCAAUAACGAUGAUAGAAAUGUUGCACUGAACAUGGCUCGCGAAUCCAUCGUCCUCUUGCAGAAUGAUGAGAAUGUUCUCCCGCUGGCUAAAGAUGCUUCCAUCUUCCUUACUGGCCACUCUGCUGACAAUAUUGGUAACCAGUGCGGUGGAUGGACAAAGAGUUGGCAAGGAUAUUCCAGUAACAAGGUGUUUCCUAACGGUGUCAGUGUUCGCCAGGGUUUGGAAACCAUGGUUGGCAACAGCUCCCUAACUUACCAUAACGAAAUUUUUGCGAACGGCUCGCUGCCGGACGGAGCUCUGGAGAGAGCCGUAGAGCUUGCCAAACAGCAUCAGUACACGAUUGUUGUUAUCGGUGAAUUACCUUACGCUGAAAAGCCCGGAGACCUUAACAACUUGGCGCUGCCUGAAGGUCAGAUAAACUACGUUAAAGCUUUUUCUGAAACCGGCACGAAGGUAAUUGUCGUUUUGUUCCAAGGCCGUCCGCGUCUGCUUGGAUCGAUCCCUGAUCACUCAAUGGCCAUCAUUAACGGCUUGCUGUCCUGCGAAACCGCUGGUCAGGCGAUGGCUGAGAUUCUCUACGGUGAUGUAAACCCGAGCGGCAGAAUGCCAAUCACGUACCCGAAGGACCCUGCAAACAUUGCCAUUCCAUAUAACCACCGUGUCUCGACUCGUUGUGCCUAUGACAACUGCGAGAUGCAAUGGAAUUUUGGGACGGGUCUCAGCUACACGCAGUUCAAUUACUCCGCUGUAACCCUGGAUACCACCAAUAUUACCCAUGCGGCUGGUACAGUCACUGCAACGGUGACCGUCACCAAUGUGGGUGCUCGUGCCGGCAAGGAGACAGUCAUGCUGUUUGUGAUUCAGCCGUAUCGCUUAAUCUCGGUUCCCGAAGUAAAGAAACUGAAGAAAUUCAAGAAGAUUGAGUUGCAGGCCGGCGAGUCCAUGGAAGUUUCAUUCACGCUGACAGUUGAUGAUUUGAGCGUGUACGUCCCACAGAUUGGCAAGGGUCUGCUGCGAGCGUUCGAGAACACCGAGUAUGUUGUAGCCAUCAAGCCAGAGACGCAGUGCGAUGUCUACGUCAACAUCACGAACAACUUGUGCGGCUCAUUUAGCGUCGACACCGGUGGUGGUCCAGAUUCAGCCCGUUGUGGCUCUUCCUGUUUCAUGUGA